AUGUCUUCCCGUAAUUUAACGGAGGUAUUCAAUAUUAUGCGAAAUAAUGCAUCCAAAAAUCGUAAUUUGUAUUCUGAUGACAGGAAUGGCACUGAUGCCGAAUUAUUGUUGAAACGCUCUGUCCACGAUGCUGAGGAGGGUAUGGAACUACGAGAUGAUUAUGGUAGCCAGCCGACAUGGAUAGAUAAAUUGGAGGAAGCCCAGUAUACAAUGUCAAAAAUAAAACCCAAAUUGGAUGAACUUGGUUCACUGCAGGCUCGUUCCUUAUUGCGUCCCGCCUUCGAUGAAAGUAAAGAAGAGGAAUUGGAAAUGGAAGAAUUGAGUCAGGAGAUUUCCAAGCUAAUUACAUCAACACAUCGGCAUGUACAAUGUAUACGUUAUAGCUUAGGCGAGGGUGGAAAAUUAGAACAACGCCUUACGGCAAAUGUUGUCAACUAUUUGAUGAUGAGUCUACAAGAAUUGACAUUGAAAUUUCGUUAUAGUCAAAAUUCCUAUCUGAAGCAGUUGAAUUCACGCGAAGAACGUUCACAGCAAUUCUUUGAUGAUUUUAGUAAUGGCACGAAUGGCGAACGUGAUAAUUAUGUAGAUUCUUUUGAUAACUUUUUACAGCCGGCAGGACCAACAACCUCAAAUCGUAAUAAUUAUUUAUAUGAAGAUGAUGAUGAGGCCAAAGAAAGUGAAUUAGAUGCACAUUUCCAAAGGCCAAUGGCAAAUCGUAUGACCGAACAACAAUUACUGCUGUUUGAAGAAGAGAAUACCAGGAUGGCCUUAAGUCGUGAUGAGGAGGUUUCGAAAAUUGUCAAGAGCAUCUAUGACCUAAAUGACAUCUUUAAAGAUUUGGGGCAAAUGGUACAGGAACAAGGUACCGUGCUGGAUCGUAUUGACUAUUCCAUAGAACAAACACAAACUCGGGUAUCGGAAGGUGUGCGUCAGCUACAAAAGGCUGAAAUGUAUCAGCGGAAGAAUCGUAAAAUGUGUGCAAUCCUGGUAUUGGCUGGCAUUACCUUAUUUAUGCUUAUCUUGCUUAUAUUUACCAAAUUAUAG